CGCUCCGGAAAUGACGUCACGUAAACGAAAAUCCGGUCGCUUCGGAAGACGGACGCAGCCUGUGAAUUUGGACACAGCAAGUGUCGUGAGGACAGGUCACAUUGGUAGAGUUUCGUAAUCUUAUGAGCGUUCUACAUUAAUGGAAGCAACAAAAACAGCAGAAGCCAAUGUAUUUUUUGGGGGGCCUCUUUCAGAGGAGAUCCACUUAAGACAUGUGGAGACAGAUGUGCUCAUUCCCAAAAUGAUGAGGGAGAAAGCCAAGGAGCGCUGCGCUGACAGAGUUGAAGCUUUCAACCACUGUUGCAAAGAUUCCGGCUUCUUCAUGGUGUUCAAGUGUCGAGAAGAGAACGCUGCCUUGAAAGACUGUCUGACACGCCACUACAAAGACCCUGACUUUUUCCAGACGUGUAAGCAGGAAUACAUCCAGGAGAAAAUGGAGUUUGAGCGGACGGGGAUCCCUGCAAAGAACAGACGGCAAAAGCUCCCAACAAGCAUGUAACCGUGACGACACGUUUGCGCCCUAAGCCCCACCCCCACCCUACCACCACCACCACCACCACUACCAUGUUUCCAACUUAAAUAGAAAAAAAAAAGUAUCUACCGAGAUUUGAUUGUCUUGUAAUUAAAUUUCUCAAAAUGUUCA